AUGGAAAAUUAUAAUUUCUCUGCUUUAUCUAUAUCCAUUUAAACAGACACUUAAUCUUCUGAGUCAGAUUAAUAAUUUAGCAGUCCUUUAAGAUCAGAGAAAACUAACUUUUUAGAUUUAGAUAAUGAAAAACAAAAUAAUGACUCCGCUCAUUAAUCACAAGUUGAAGCUUCUAUCUAGAAGGAUUGUUAAGAGAAAGUGGCUUAGACUUCAGAAUAGAAAUCAAAUAGCAUAUGCGAGUCUCAAAUUAAAUAGACCAAGGCGUCAUAGUAUAAAAAGAGAUUAGUAAAGAGAUGUUAAACCACGAUUUUGAUUGGAUAAUCAAUACAUAAGCAUAACACUUAAAAGGCAGAUAAAUAUUUCGUGAAAAAAAACAACUAAAUUAUUGAGACUUCAUUUGAAAAAAUAAAAAUCAAGAGAUCCAAUUUUUCUGGAAUGUUUCUUACAAAUUUAAGGUAAUAGUAGAAACCAAUUCAGGUUCGUUAUUUUCGAUCUACAAUCACGAAAGUCCUGGUGAUUGACUAAGACAUGCUGGCUGCAGAAUUUAUUGUUUUAGCUUUAGCAUAGUUCCAAAAUGAUAGCAAAUUAGAUUAAUCUUUGUAUGAAUUUCCAAAUUACAGUUUAGCUUAUUAAAUUGAGGGGUAGGAUGAUUAGUAGGAUUUGGAUGAAAUUUCAUAUCGUCGACCAAUCUAAAGAUACAAAAGUUUUGGCUCUCUGGAAGACAUGAUGAAAUCAAGAAGAGAAAGUUUAAAUUAAAUAGAUUUUGAUUAGAAACCAAUUUCAUAGGCUGAAAUUUCAUUAUUAGCUGAUGACAUUGAUGACAAAAUUAUUUAAAUUGAUUUAGAAUCUCCGAUGCGUUAUUAUAAAUCUGUUGAUAUUGUACCAGUAUUAGAUCCAAAAUAGUUAGAUAUUGAUUUGCAAAUGGUUAAGAUGUUGCAUCAAUAACAUCCAAAUCACAUUCUUAUUCUUAUUGAGGAACCUAUCAGUCAAGCCAGAUUUCAUAUGAAAAUCUGUCCGAAUUAAUUGAUUGAGGAAUUAUUUACAGAAUUAGGCAGAAAAGCAAAUAAGAAAUUUAGAAGUGCUGAUUAUAAUCUCGUCUUAAAAUAUCCUUGUAUUCACAUGGGUACGGAACCAAUUAAUUUAAAGAUACCUAUAAGUAAAUUACCAAUACAUUACUUGAUACUCACUUAAAAAUUUCAGACUGAAGCCACUCGUUCAUUAAGAUAAUGUAACGAUAGUUUUACAAUGAAUAUCAAUAAAGAUACUAUCUUCUCAAAAAGUGCAAAUAAAUCAUAGAGAUUUUUACAAGAGGAAGGCAAAACAUCUGAGAGCACAGAUAAAGUUCGAACCUUAUAUUCGUAUUAAGAGUAUUAAUUAUUAAAAAUUGAUAAAUAAUUUAAAAAUAAUGUGAUUUUAGGAAUUGAUUAUUUCGAUUUGUAUUAUACUUACACCUAAGAGAGAUAAAGAUAAUUUACUCUAGGAAAAUUUUGUAAAUCAAUUUCUUAAAUUUUAUUUGAAGAGCCAGUAAUACAAAAAGAUUAUAGGAGAUUGCCUUUAAAUAAAAUAUAAAAAGUUGAAAUGACAAAAGAUUUUUAUCUGAUAAUAGUUUAUGAGAAAAGCCAAAACUACAAAAAAUAACUUACUUUUGGAAUAGAUUUAAACUAAGAGAAAUCGAAAUUAGAUCUGCAAUAGAAAACUAUAAUGAAUGCAUACAAUAAAUUAGAAUAUUUAGUGGAUUUAUAUAUAAAAUAUAAAUAACAAUUAUGAAUUUAUUCAAUAUUGAUAACUCUUUAGCAACUCCCUACUCAUUUCAAUCUAACACAACGAGUGUCUUUAUUGAUAAUGAUUGGCUUGCCAAAUAAUUGGAAAAUGUGCAAUAAAUUGACUACUAAAACUAUAAUUUACCAAGCAACACAGACAUUUCAGAGUUUGUACUUUAAUAAUCUGUUGGAGAAAGUCCAUUUAUUUAAUAGCAAAAGCGAGAUCCUGUUGAUUUUUCAUUGAUAAAACUUGAAAAAUUAGAAGAAGUUCAAUAAAUUAAUUAUACACCAAAAAAAUAAUAUACAUCAGCAACCAGAAAAUAAAAUUAUAAAAAAUGCAAAACUACUACAACUGGUUUUGCAAUUGAUGAGAAUGAUUCGAAUAAAAAUGAUUCAGAAACCUUGAAGAAAAUAAAAUCUUCUUAAGUUUAAAAAAAAUCAGAAUUUACAAAAUAAUUAAAUAUCUAUUAAUAGAAUUUUUCAAUCCAAAUUCAGGUCAAAUACUUUGGAACACAAUAUUAAUAAGUUAUUUCUGUUGAUGAAUCAAUCAGAGCUGCUGAAUUUAUUGUAUUAGCUUUGAAACGAUUUGCUGCCGAUCCUAAAAGUGACAAGUCUAAGUUCGAAUAUUAGAAUUUUACCUUAGCAUACAAAUUGGUUGGUUAAGACUUGAGUCCAACAAAAUACACAUAUAAUAAUGACGAGAAUUUUGAUAAUGAUAGCAUUAUAUUAGAGGAGGAAUCUUUAGAAAGACCAGAAAUAGAUCUUGAAUCUCAAUUAUUUUAUAAAAUGGUCGAGUUAUUGCCUGCUACUACUAAUUUUGGAUUAGAUUUUUAAACCAUAAAAUAAACCUUUAUAUCUAAUCCUGAAUCAAUUAUUUUAUUAAUAGAAGACCCUCAAUCAUUAAUCUUUUAUCAUAUUAAAGUAAAUAAAAAAGGAACCUUAGGGGAUUGUUUAGUAGAAUUGAAUAGAAAAGUUAGUAAAAAGUAUUUAAAAAAUGAUUACUACCUAAGUUUGAAAUUUUCAUGUGUAAAUUACGAUUUUGGGGAAUUAAAUGAAAAGUUUCCUAUUAACUAAUUACCUAUUCAUUGGUUAGUUAUUAUUUAAAGAACCAAAAAUAUUCUUCUAGAUUCCUAAGAAGAGGUUUCAAUGGCAAAUAUUGGGAGAACAUAAAAUAAUACAAUUCAUGAGAACAUGAGAGGCUCGAAUUCAUGUGGCUUCUUAUCUAUAAACUUUAUGUAAUUGGCAACUGUAGAGAAGAUGCCUUUAUUAUAUAGUUAUUAAGAAUUUAACUUGAUAAGGGUAGACAAAGAGUAGUUAAUUGAUGUCAUUUUAGGCAUAGAUUACUUUGAUCUUUAUUAUACAUUUAAUUAAAAAUAAGCAAAAAAAGUUGGAAUUACCAAGCUUGUAUCCAAUAUAAUCAAGUCAUUGUUUGUUCAAGAGACAGAGAAAAAGAAAUACAAAAGAAUUCCAAUAAAUGCUAUUACUGAUUUAAAGCAACAAGAAGAAAAAUAUUUUGAAAUAUACUAUGAAUUAUAGGAUGGAUAUUAAAAAACAAUUAAAUUUUUUUCCAAAAAUGAUGACAAAAUUGUUUUUCGAGAUGCCUUCACUAAGUUAGAGUAUUUAGUGUCAAUAUAACAAAUUUGA